AUGUGGACGGUUCUCCUCCUUCUCCUUGCAUCUUGGCAAGCAUUUGCCCAAGUUCCUCUUCCUCAACCCCCUUUCCUCCCUCAAAACGCUUCAGAUGGCGCGUCUCCAUCCUCUGCAGGUAUCCCCAAUUCACAAUGGUCUUCGCUACUUGGAAAUCUGCUUUAUUUCUAUGAAGCCCAACGCAGUGGCAAGUUACCCAGCACAAACCGCGUCAAGUGGCGAAACGACAGUGCCCUCACAGAUGGGCAGGACGUCAAGUUGGAUUUGACUGGUGGCUACUAUGAUGCGGGUGACUAUAUCAAAUGCACUUUCCCUCUGUCAGCCACCGUGAUGUCAAUAUGUUGGGGUGCAACGGACUUUGGAAAAGGAUACGAUUUAGCAAAUCAAACGCCGUACCUUGAUGACAUGCUCCGAUGGAGUCUUGACUGGCUCAUCAAAGCCCACGCUGCUAACAAUACCUUGUAUGUCCAGAUAGCUAAUGAAGACCUUGACAAUGCAUACUGGGGAGGCGAUCGAGACAUUCCUUUGCCGCGUCCUUCAUAUCAAAUCAACGACACUAGUCCUGGGACGGACGCUGCUGCAGGAGCCGCGGCAGCUUUCGCGGCUUGCUCCAAUCUCUACUCCAACCGCGUCUUCUCGAACUCUUAUUCUGGUCCAGCUACGCUUCAAAAUGCAACUUACGCCGCAACCCUUCUCGAACAUGCCCAACAACUUUUCACGUUUGCCACUAGUGCCUCUGGUGGACAGAAAGUAUACCAGGAUUCCGUGCCUGAGGUCGCAGCGUAUAAUUCGUCCGGAUACGGGGAUGAGCUUGCCAUUGCUGCGCUCUUCUUGUCUUGGGCAACUAACUCCUCUUCGUUGUACCAAGAAGCUCAGGGUUACUGGCAGCAAUAUAGCCUCAGCAGCUAUGAAGGAGUAUUCAACUGGGAUACCAAGACACCUGGCCUGCCUGUCCUUUUUGCACAGAUCGCACAAGCAAACCCAAGUUUCGGCGGCAACGCCUCCACUUGGCAAACUGUGGCUGAGAAUUACUUCGAUAGGAUAGUUUACGGCGAUGGACCAGGAUACCAAACUCAUGGCGGGCUGCUAUACUAUGGUGGCGACUCCGAUGAGGCUAGCUUAAACCCAGCGCUGAACGCCGCUAUGCUGUUAACGCGAUAUGUGCCACUGGCCUCGACCCAAAGCAGGAGAAAUGAUUAUUUGAACUAUGCCAAAGCCCAAGUCAACUAUGCUCUGGGCAACAAUCCAAUGCAAGCACCUUAUAUCGUCGGUGCCAAUCCCAAUUCGCCUCAAAAUCCCCACUCCGCAAUGGCGAGUGGUGGCAGUAACAUUAGCGAUAUCAAUACUUCCCCGCCCCAAGAAGCUUAUAUCCUUUAUGGUGCUGUUGUCGGUGGUCCAGACAAGUACGAUCGUUUCUUCGACAUCCGUGGCGACUGGCCUGAAACUGAGGUUGCACUUGACUACAAUGCACCGAUGCUCACGCUCGCCGCGAUGCACGUGCUCAACGACACCGCCGACCCAUUCUACACAUCGCUGAAAGCAGGUGCCUAUGACUCCAAUAAACCACAGGGCAUGCCCUGUGAUGCUGCAUAUACUGAGGGAUGCGGUGGUCCACAGCUCAGCCAGGGUGGUCAAAUUGCUCUUGGGGUCAUUCCCGGCGCCACUGGCUUCGCCAUCGUCUGCCUUCUUGGAUGGUGGGGGAUGCUCUCCCUCAAGAGAGAACACGACCUCCUUUACUGA